UUUAUUAUCACAGCUACCCUGGUUAGAUGUCAAUAAAUACAUUUACAUUUUGAUUAGUAAUAUAUAGAGGUCCUGAAAUUAACUUUGUUUUAUGUGACACACACAGUUCAUGUAAAACAAAAGAAAAUACCAAGUGUGAGCUAACUAAGCCAGUAUCCUGAAAGCACAUGGGAUAUAUUUAAUUUCAAUCACAAGAAGUCAAUAGGAAAGCAUAUCAUUAAGCAUUUUGUCUUUGCAGGAUGAGAGGUGAAAUUCUGGCCCCAUUGAAGUCAAAGCCAAAAACUCAUUGACUUCAAUAGAGCCAGAUAUUCCCUGGCUUGUUGGUCCUGCAAUGAGUUGCACACAGGCAGACCCCUGUGGUCCUCAUUAUGGUAUCAUUUUGUAAUUGUAACCUUCACCUAUUGUUCUUAUACAGGAUGUCCAUAUUUAUUGCAUCUCAAAUAUUUCCACAUCAGAUUUGUUCAAUUUACAAUGUUUUUAAGCCAACUGCCACUACUUUCAAUUCAUCAUUCAUUCUGAAAAACUGUUUUUAUAGUUUUGUUUUUCUUCUCAACGAUCAUCAACAAUAAUGAAUACUGCACAGUCCAAAUUAUUUCCUUAAUUGCUCUUGUGCUACCUCAUCUCCAAAAUCUGAUCACAGUUAUAACUGUGUGAUUUCAUGAGCUUACAAGGGGGAUGUGCAGCUACAACUGAAGCCACAGAUUUGGCCUGUAAGAACAUAUAAUUACUAGUGAUGACAAACAAGGAAAGAAUCAAGGUGAAUUUUGGAUCCCACUAGCAAGUAUUAAGGAUAGAGUGGGGGAGGAGAGAUGGAAACACAAUUUUAAAAAGUAAUCUGUAGACUGCAUUAAUUUAACCUCGAUAAUAUUGAUAAAUAUAUAUGGAACUUUAUAAUGACUUUUCACUAUUUAGGGUGCACUUAUAUGAUUUGUACCUUUAAUAGAUAAAGAUCCUGAUUUUUUUUUUUUUUUUUAGUUUAAUUACAGUUUAGGAGUAGACUCCAAUGAUCCUAGGGGCCUGAGAGUAGUGUCUACAGGGAUUUGUGCCCCCCCCCCCUAAUAUAAACAGCUAUAAGCCAUUACUGAAUUCGACUUUGGCUAUAGCUUUACAGUUUUAAAAGCUAUUUGGGAUUGCACCUAGAGUGAAACAUUUGCAAGUACUGCUUCCAACGAUUGUUGGUAAAUUGCUUUUUGAUUGGCUGAAAAAAAACCAACAACCAAUGGUGACAUGGUAUCUGAAGCUGACCAAUGUGCCGGUGCUGACACCAUUUGUUUUUUGUAUCAAAUAGGAAGUCAGACAGCAAAAGCUACUCAUUUGCAUACGCUCCCUAUAAAUACUAGGGCAGCUGUGCUAUCAGUAUGUUAUUGUUCUUGAGUUAUAACGAAGGUAAACUGCUACUAUGCCAGAGCCGGCAAAAUCUGCCCCUGCCCCUAAAAAGGGUUCUAAGAAAGCUGUGACCAAGACUCAGAAGAAAGGGGAUAAGAAAAGGAGAAAGACGAGGAAGGAGAGUUACUCUAUCUACGUGUACAAGGUAUUGAAGCAAGUUCAUCCUGACACCGGUAUCUCCUCUAAAGCCAUGGGGAUCAUGAACUCCUUUGUAAACGACAUCUUCGAACGUAUCGCUGGGGAAGCGUCUCGUUUGGCACAUUACAACAAGCGCUCGACCAUCACUUCUCGGGAGAUCCAGACCGCUGUGCGCCUGCUUUUGCCGGGGGAGCUGGCCAAACAUGCGGUGUCUGAGGGCACCAAGGCCGUCACCAAGUACACUAGUUCCAAGUAAACUUUCAAAACUUCUUUUUCAGCUAUAACCCAAAGGCUCUUUUAAGAGCCACCCACCUUCUCAAAGAAGGAGCUGUAUUACUAUUUUAUUUCUAUCUACACAGAAUAGCUAGUGUAUAGAAAAAAUAGGAGUUCCUUUUCAGACAAACCCUAAAUAGAACUUCACUACAAACUAAAGCUUUAUUUGCUCUACUUCAGUUACUAAUUUUCUUUGGUGGUUAAAAUAGGAUGGUUUAAAUGUAUUGCUUUAAAGAGUACUCCAACUUCCCUUCUAAAAGUCACCCCCACCCCUCGCCAAGGAGCACGAAGUCUAGCGCUAUAGGUUUGUGUUUGAUCUGAGUCUCUAGUGUGUAUCGUAGUGGAAAUACUGUAGAGCAGGUAAGUAAGGAUACGAAUAAGGUAUCUGAAGUCUAAACUGACUACAUUUCAUUUUCCUACAGUUCCUGAUAUGAGGAACUCCCCAGAGCCUUGUGAGCAGGUUAAAAAAAAAUUCAGGAUACUUUUAAUCUCUAUAGCUUUGAUUGGAGCUCCUAAUAUAGAUUUACUAUGUAUGCCCAACAAAACAUUCUAUUGUCCUCCGUUUCAUAACUUUCUGAAAGUUAUAGCUAAUGCACAGAGACUGUUUUCGCCAUCUUUGAGCGUUAGAAAAAUUUGGGGGGAGCUGUUCUCACUACUACUGAAAAGAAUAUCCUUGCAAGGCACGCUGAACAGUUGUAAAUCCCGACUGAGGAAACGUGUCUAGAGUAUCACAGUGAAAAGCAUAUGCCGUGCAGUAAAUGUGUACUGUUGCCGAAAGGACGCCUGCAUUGCACGUACUAGGGUACGUCAUCAUCUGUGUGGUGGAUGUGACCUUCGAUUGAGUCAGUUGUGCACUGAUACGUAAUUUCUGUGUUGAAAACCUUGGUAUUCUAAGGUUCUUUACCCGACAUGUCCUCUUAAUAAAUAAUUUAAAUUAAUAAAUAGCAGGAUGGUUCACUACAUCAUUAUCGGUUUUGAUCUUCUAAUAUUAACUAGACGGGCAUAGGUAUUGAGCGGGAGAAGGUAUAGCUAACGCACUAGGGCGGUUAGUGGUAGCGAGAGCGAAUAACAAAAGAUAAAGGCUAACCACGCUGUAUAUUAGUCAACAGUGAAAACAGAACUACGGAAGACUCACAUGCACCCUCCGCCCAUCAAGAUACGCGUUCAGAUUUUAAACGUGUAUGUCAGCGCAGGAUGCCCGGCUUUAAACCCGGGCGGGAGACGGACCAAUCCUUGCACAGCGCGGGCUUUUCAAACCCUCCACCAAUUUAGUUCUGCUUCCCGCAGCCAGUCAGGUAAUUGUUUCUAAGCCAAACAUUUACUCUUUGUCCCCACACUAGAUCUCGUUCCUCUCUGUGUGUAGGCAGAACAAAGAAUGACCUGAGCACCACUUAAAGCGUACCAGCGGAGAGGGGAAAGUAUUCCAAAGAGGAACUAUUAGAAACAGUAUCCACAAAAACAACGA